AUGGGACACGGCGACAGACCCAAGGCGAGGCCCCAGCCCACAAAAUCGCAAAAGCCACCACAGGCCGCGGACCAGAGCCACCACAACAGCAGCCCAAUCCGCCCAUCGACUGCCCAGGAACAUACCCGGACUGCCUCCCCGUACACCCCAGGAACCAUGGUCCCUUGCCCAACGGUCCGGUUUACGCCGGCCGGAUCCACUCCCCCGAGUCCCGCCGUCCCGGGCCCUGUUGCCAAGAAACAGCCGGGCGAUUCUGCCGAGCAAAAAAAGAAUGCAAACAUGAUCUUUUGCAAAAUCGCCGAAGACCUGAUACAGCUGCUGAAGGCAAACGACCAGGACUCGGUGUUCCGCAUCGACACGAUCCGACGGAGAGCGUCGAGCCUGUAUAACGAGUUCUCGCAGCUCCAAGCCCAAUUCACCGAGAUUCUGACGGAGCGAGAUUCAAUACGCGAGGACUGGAACAAGAUCACGGUUCGCCAGCAGAAAAUGGAGAGCCUUUGUCGGGAUUUGCAGAGCGAGAAUAAGCGACUGGCGGCCCUCCACGAAGAUACGCAAAGGAUCACGAUCGGCGAGACGCAGAAGCGCGAAGAACUCGCGAUCAAGUACGAGUCCAAGAUGGAUGAGAUGUCCGAGGAGUACCGGAAGCACCUUGAGGAGCACGAAAUGCUCAAAUCGCGAUUCGAGGGCUUUCUGGAGCAGUACCAGCUACGCGAGCACCACUUUGACGCCGUGGUUCAGGCAAAGGAGCUGGAACUGGAGCUGGAGCGCGUGAAGCAAGAUCAUCAACGGCAGGAAACCGAGAAGGAGCUCCGCAACGUGGCCAUCCUCAAGUCACAGAUCUCAUCGUUCGUCAAGACCGAGGAGGAUUUGCGGAGAGUCAAUGCGGAAUAUCUACAAAAGAUUGUGAAGGCCGAAGACACCCUGCGGAAGAACAACGAGCUGGUGCAGUCGUAUCAAAAGGCUCUGCAAAGCGUGCACGAAGAAAAGCAGUCGUACGUUGCCGAAAGUAGCGAAAAGAAGAUGUCGGUCGAGGCCAGCGCGCGCCUCAAGGCAGCAGAGUAUCGCAUGACGACAAUGGAGGGCCUAUGCCGAGCACUGCAGACGGAGCGGGACGAGCUGAGAAGGACAGUUGCGAACUACGAAGCGAUUCUACGGAUGUCGUCGGAACCAGUCCGACAGCAGUUUGCCCUGACAAACUCGAGCCCAAGCCAACCGAAUCCAAGCCCGGCGAUGGAGCGCGAGGCAGUCGACGGCGACAACCCAACCGAGAUGCCGACGAAAAAGCCCGACCGGAAGGGAAAGCGAAAAUAG